AGGAGGAGGAGGAGGAGGAGAGAGAGGGAGAGAUGGGGAGGGUGAUUGGGGAAGGGCACUUUGCCACUUUUUUAUGUUGCACGCAUCCAUGGCAGUAGAGAGAGAAAGUGGGACAGGUAGAGAGAGAAAGAGAAAGAGAGGAGAGAGAGGAGAGAGAGAGAAGAGGGGGCAACAAGAAAGAAAGAGAAGAGUACAGGGUACUACUACUGCCCCCCUACACACCUACACUCCUCUCUCUCUCUUUCUCUCUCUUCGCAGCCCCAUCAUCAUCCACAGGGAGAGAGAGAGAGAGAGAGGGGGAGGGAGAGGGAGAGGGAGAGGGAGAGAGAUAUAGAGGGAGAAAGCGAGGAGAGGUGUGGAAUGAGAGAGAGAGGAGAUAAAAAGGAGAAAUUUUGAGGGGUUUGUUGGUGUUCGUGGUUUUUUUUUUUUUUUUUUGGUGUUAGAUGAAGGGGAUGCCCUUCAAUGCCCAAAUCAAGGGGGCGCUGGAAGAGGUAGUGGAGCGGAGAAGGUUGUUUGCGGGGAAAGGGGUAGGGGGGGAGGAAGAGGCCAUUUUUUGGGUGAGCAAAGCUUGUGGUGGUGGGGGACACAAGGAAGGGUCCGAACCCCGCUCGGUUCUGGAUCGGCGCCGGAGCCCUAGCCCACCCACCUCCUCCUCCACCUUCUCCUCCUCCCUCGGCGGCGGAGGCGGCGGAGGCGGCGCUUCCGACGUGGCGGCGGUUCCCGACAACAACCCCGCCGCCGCCCACCAAUGGCCCCUCUCCAGCCCCGUCGGCGGCGGCGGAGCCUCGGAUCUGCCGCCCAUGACGGCGACGGCGGAGGCGGCGGGGGUGGGGCACGAGAUGGGGUUUGUGGGGGGCGGGGGGGAGAGGUGUGGGUUGGGCGGCGGGGACGAGUGGGAGGCGAUGCUCUCGGGCUCCGCCGCCGCCUCCGCCGCGGCGGCGGUGCCGGAGCAGAGCUUCCUCCGGUGGAUCAUGGGCGAUGCGGUCGAGGGCGGCGCCGGCAAUGCCGCCCCGGGCUUCGGCUUCGUCGACCACCCUUCGAGCUUCGGCCUCGAGCUCAUUGGAGCUGCUUUUGGCUCUGCUUCCGCAGUAAGCCACUCCGCUCCUCCUCAUCCUCAUCCUCCUCAUCCUUUAGCUUCCAACGUUUCUUCGAGCGGUGGGUUUUCUCCCACGAGCUCUAACAACAGCAUCAACAAGAUCCCCAGCUUCGGCAACCAAAUUGCCGAGUCCCUCCUCUCGCCGCUUCCCGCUGCGUUGCUCCACAAUCCCAUGGAGGAAAAGCCGCAACUUUUCGGCCCUUCGGGGCUGCUCCUUAAUCCGCUGCAGCAGCAGCAGCAGCCCCACGCCCCGCCGAGCCCCGGCUUCUUCGUCCCCGUUGCGUCGUCCUACGCCGCCGCCCACGUCGAGCACCAGCUCCUCCUCCCUCCCCGACCCAAGCGCCACCACGCCAUCCCCGGCGAACCCACUUGCCAAAUCCCCUUCGGCGGCGCCAGCUCGGAGCUCUUCCUCCGCCCGAGCCAGCUACCGCCGCAGCCGCAGAAUUCGGGCUUUCCGCGCCCACAACCUGUUCGACACGACGCCCAGCCGAGGCCGACGAAGCCCAAAGCCGCCGCGGGGCACGAAGCUGCGGCUGCGAGCGUGGGCGUGGGCGUGGGCCUGCACCCGCCGCCGCCGCCGCCUCUGCCACAGCAGCAGCAGCAGCAGGCGGUGGCGGACCAGCUGAUCGAGGCGGCGAAGAUGGUCGAGGCCGGUAACGCCGUCGGCGCGCGUGGGAUAUUGGCGCGGCUCAAUCAACACCUCCCCGCUCCCGUGGGGAAGCCACUCCUCCGCUCCGCCUUCUACUUCAAAGAGGCCCUCGGCCUCGUCCUCUCCAACUCCCCCGACCCCCUCCCCAAUUCGCCCUCCCCGUUGGACGUCGUCUUCAAGCUCAGCGCCUACAAGGCCUUCUCCGAGGUCUCCCCCGUCCUCCACUUCGCCAACUUCACCCGCGUCCAAGCCUUGCUCGAAGAGCUCGGCGCCGCCGACCGCAUCAGCGUAAUCGACUUCGACAUCGGUGUCGGCGGGCACUGGUCGUCCUUCAUGCAGGAGCUAGCUCAGCGGCGGCGCUGCACCGCCGCGGGAUCGGCCCCGGCCCUCAAAAUCACAGCUUUUAUCUCCCCCCCCUCCUCCCACCACCCCCUCGAGCUCCACCUCGUCCGCGAGAACCUCUCCCGCUUCGCCGCCGACCUCGACAUCCCAUUCGAAUUCAGCUUCCUAACCUUAGAAUCGUUCCACCCCUCCGACCUCCUCUCCGUAGGCGAUGAGGCCAUUGCCGUGAACCUUCCUCUGAGCUCCUCCCACGACCCCUCGUUCCCGACCCUUCUCCGCCUCGUGAAGCAGCUCGCCCCCAAGAUCGUCGUCUCGGUCGACCACGGCUUCGACCGCUGCGACCUCCCCUUCGCCUCCCACUUCCUCUGCGCCCUGCAGUCCCACGUCUCCCUCCUCGACUCCAUCGACGCCUCGGGCGCCAGCUUCGACGUCGCCGACAAGAUCGAGCGGUUCCUGCUGCAGCCGAGGAUAGAGAGCGCCUUGCUGGGCGCACACCGGGUUGCCGAGAAAAUGCCGCAUUGGAAAACUCUCUUUUCGUCGGCCGGGUUCGCACCCGUCCAAUUCAGCAACUUCACGGAGACGCAGGCAGAGUGCCUUCUUAAAAGAGUGCAGGUAAGAGGAUUCCACGUGGAGAAGCGCCAGGCCUCACUCUUCCUCUACUGGCAGCGGCGCGAGCUCGUUUCCGUCUCGGCGUGGAGGUGCUGAAAGAGCUCUCUUCUCCGCGCGGGCGAAUAUCAUGUCAAAGGUGCUGCUGUGUUAAUUAUAAUCGGUUAGGUCUACUGGAUUAUAAACUUCUCUUUGGUUAAUAGUCGCUACAUGUUUUGGCAUCCUAAUCAGAAAUGUAUCUUUCCUAGAUUUUCCUCUACUCAAAUUGUCAGGUGUUUUUGGACAGAUUUAUGUUUCCGAGUAGAGGAACUUUGUCAAGUUCCGGUACAGUAUUAAUAUCUUCUCUCUUUGUUCUUCAUUUCCCUCGGAAGGAAUGAUUAUGCAGCUUUAAUGUUGAUAUCGAGCAAUCCUUGAUUAGGUUAUUCUAGGACAGCUUGUUUUGAACUCGCAGUAUGGCGGAAAUAUUGGAGCCUAAAUCGAUAUGAUCAUGUAUAGCUGUA